UAAGCAAAUCUGUGAGACAUUUUGAGGGACUGUAAUGGCCUGGUAAAGGGUGAUGAGAUCUGAUUACUGUGUUUUACCUAAUAGCCAUUAUCUGAUCUGAUAAUUACCAGGGUUUUAAAUAAAUAGAGGCUAUAGAAAAGGGUGACUGAAAUAGGUACAGAAUUAGCUGCUUCAUAAGAACACUGUUCCAAGUGAACUGUUAUCAGCCUAAGUAUUGAGCACUUCUUCCAGCAUUUCCAGGAAUAUUUGAGGUUGGGAUAAUUUUUCAGUUCUUCUUCUUAUACCAGGGAAAAUUAUUGAAAGGAAAAGCUAAACCUGCUACCUCACCAGGCAUCAGCUGGUCCCAUGACUGUCCACUUGAAGCCGAUUCUUCUUUCAUAACCCGAAUCACCAGUCCCUUUUCCUCUCCAGAUCCACUGAGAAGUCUAGCAGUUCUUCCUCUCACAUCCUCAAAACUAAGUCUUACACUUCCAGUUGGGCGUGUGGGGGCCGUGGUUCUCACCCUGAGCUCAGUGAUGGUGGCUCAGGCCAGGCUAAGUCCUGGGCGAGUCUCAGGCCCUGAUCCCUGCAGGCAGCCUGGCAGGCGGCCUGGAGAUCUGCAUCACGUUCCUCACUGAGUAUGUGAAGACGCGGUUGCAGUUGGAUGAGCACUGGAACCCGCAGCGGUACCAGGACGUCGUGGACUGAGUGCAGCAGAUGGUCUGCAGCCAUCGCGUUCUGGGCCUCAGCUCUCUGCUCUAUGGCUCCAUCCCCAAGGCAGUCAUCAGGUUCAGGAUGUCAGAGUUCCUCAGCAACCAAAUGCAGGAUGCCCAGGGAAAGCUGGACAGCAUGUGAGGGCUGGUGUGUGGCCUGGGUGCCGGGAUGGCCAAGGCCGUGGUGGUCUUGUGCCCCAUGGAGAAUAUCAAGGUGAAGUUCAUCCAUGACCUGACUUCCAUCAACCCCAAGUAUAGAAGCUUCUUCCACAGGGUCCGGGAGAUUGUGUGGGAACAGGAGCUGAAGGGGGCAUAUCAAGUCCUCACAGCCACUGUGCCGAAGGAGGGCUCCAACCCCAUCUGCUUCUUCAUCAUGACCUCCCUGCCCAACUGGUACUAAAGGGACAACCCCAACAAGCCCAUGAACCCUCUGAUCACUGCGGUCUUCAGCAUCAUCGCAGGUGGCUGCUGGAAUGUUGUGCGCACUCUGCAGGACAUGAUCAAGACCCAGGACACGCUGGGCUGUGGCCUGCAGAGCCUGAGGAAUGAGGGGAUCAAGGCAUUCUACAAGCGAACUGACCCCCGACUGAGCCAUGUCUGGCUUGUUGUGGAAGUGGUGUUUGUCAUCUAUGAUGAGGUGGAGAGGCUGCUCAACAAAGUGUGUAAGAUGGACUGAACAGGAGGGUCUGCAUGGGGACCCCUGCCCCCCCACGCCUCUGGACCAGUUGCUCCUCCCAUAUCCCAUGAAGUCAUGAUUCCAGUGAAGUUGUGCCGAAAGGCCCCACACCCUGCAGCCUAAGUCUGUCCCCGUGGCCAUAGGGCCGUCUGUCCUUGUGGUCCAUAUAUGACUCUAUCACGGUAUCCCUGUGUCUUGCUUGCUGUGACACAGUGUCCCUGUGAGUCUGUGCCCAUAUGUCCCAUGUUCUUGCCAUGAACCAUUCAUCAGUGUUUCAUGUCACAUGACCCUGUGCUGUGCCUCCCUGGGUGGCGGAGGCACUCUGUCUUGGCCUAUCACAGCUGCCUCUGGGUAUCAGCCUGGCUGCAUGGCAUUCGAGGGCCCAUGUGCCCUCUGCUUCUACCACCACUGGUCUUGAGUGGCCCUCAGGCCCUCUGUUUGCCUGGGACAGGGUGGCAUCUACCACUCUCAGGAUCACCCUUCCAAGGCAGGAUAAACUGGAUCCUGUCACAAAAAAGACCAAACAAACAAAAACCUCCAUCUUAAUUCUACUGCCACUCCGUGAACAAUGGGGCUAUCUGUCCAUCUCUAACUCCACAAGUGGUUCUGAGCUCCACACCCACCUUCAGUGACUCCAAAGUAUUUUUCUGGCCCCAUUCUUACUGAAAAAAAAGACAAUAGAUUGUAAAUUUAAUCCCAGGCAGGGCACCCUCUCUGGGGUAGUACUCUUCACCCACAGUAGAGUCAGUAGGUCCUUACUUGAUCCAGUCUUGAUCUUCUAGCUCUUAAUCACACCACAAUAAGUGAAGCUUUACAUGCAUUAUCUCAUUGAAUCCUCACAAACAGCCCUAUAAGUAGAUACUGUUAUUCCCAAUUUGUAAAUGCAGAAAGUAAGGCUAAUAGAGCUUACUAUGGUCACAGUUUUUCAUGAAGGAGCCAGGAUUCGAGUCUAGACCUGAGCAGUCAGCAUCCAUACUCCUUACCACAUUAUACAACCUACCCAGAUAUUGUAUUCUUAUAAGUGAAAACAACAAUCUUUCUUUAAAACUGUUUUAGAAACUAUCUGGCCAAAGCUGAUUAUCCUGUUUUUAACUCUCCUUUCCUCUACUUUCUAACCAACUUACAGAGAUAUAUACCAGAGAUGGGAACUCCUAUGGGAAACCUUGUGAAUUUCCAUUCUUAAGUAAUGGGAAAUGGCAUCAUGACUGUCUUCUUGAUGGAAAUCAU